GCGCCUGCGCAGUGCGCGCCCGCUCAUGUUGUUGCCGUCCCGGCGCAGGGCGCGGGGCCCCGCUCCCCCGGCGCGGCGCUGAACUCCGCGGGGCCGCCCCGGGGCCCCGGCAGGGGCUGGGCUGGGGGGCGGGCGGGGGCGCCCUGAGGGGGCCGAGCCCAGCGGAAGGGGCCGCGGCGGCCGCUGCCUGCUGCCCGCCAGGGCCUGAUGGAAGACACAAAGGAGCUGAGUCUCCCCUCUUCUUGUGUGAAACCCCCUGGGGAAGAGGCUAUGGACAAAACCAUUGGCAAACAGCAGAAACUGGCUUCAGACAAAAUGCUGUCAUACAUAGCAAAUGAAGAGACAGGAAAAACAUUUCUGUAAUUUUCCAGCUGAGAUUUUACUUAUUAUAAGAGUGGAAGGCACAUUUCCAGAUAGAGAACACUGUAUCCAUGGCAACGUGUUCAACUUCUGUCUUAAUCUACGCACACGUGCACACAAACGAAUAACUGAUCUUGCAUCUUGCUGGUAAUAGUAUCAGUGAUAGUGUUCAGACAGAACAUACUUCACGAACAGAAAGGAAAAGACGCGAUUCAUUCGGGAUGUUUGACGGUUAUGAUAGUUGUAGUGAGGACACCAGCAGCAGCUCCAGUUCAGAUGAGAGUGAAGAAGAGGUUGCUCCUUUGCCAUCCAGUCUCCCAAUCAUAAAGAACAAUGGACAGGUCUAUACUUAUCCAGAUGGUAAAUCUGGCAUGGCUACAUGCGAGAUGUGUGGAAUGGUUGGUGUCCGUGACGCUUUUUACUCUAAAACGAAACGCUUCUGCAGUGUAUCAUGUUCCAGAAGCUAUUCAUCGAACUCCAAGAAGGCCAGCAUUCUGGCCAGACUUCAGGUAGCGGGUAAACCUCCAACAAAAAAGGCUAAAGUUCUACAAAAACAACCAUUGGUGGCUAAAUUAGCAGCAUAUGCUCAGUACCAAGCAACUUUACAAAACCAGGCAAAGACUAAAGCAGCUGUCCCUGUGGAAGGCUUCAGCUGGGGUAACUACAUCAAUAGCAAUAGCUUUACGGCAGCUCCUGUGACCUGUUUUAAACAUGCACCUAUGGGGACAUGCUGGGGUGAUAUCUCAGAAGGAGUACGAGUGGAGGUUCCAAACACGGACUGCAGCCUACCUACCAAAGUCUUCUGGAUAGCUGGAAUUGUAAAAUUAGCAGGCUACAAUGCUCUGCUAAGAUAUGAAGGCUUUGAAAAUGAUUCAAGCCUUGACUUCUGGUGCAACGUUUGUGGGUCUGAUAUCCACCCGGUUGGUUGGUGUGCUACCAGUGGAAAGCCUCUAGUCCCUCCUCGAACCAUCCAACACAAAUACACAAACUGGAAAGCUUUUCUAGUGAAACGACUUACUGGUGCCAAAACACUUCCUCCUGACUUUUCUCAGAAGGUGUCUGAAAGUAUGCAGUAUCCGUUCAAAACUUCCAUGAGAGUAGAAGUUGUUGACAAAACACACCUUUGUCGAACAAGGGUAGCGGUUGUAGAGAGUGUCAUUGGGGGACGGUUAAGAUUGGUAUAUGAAGAAAGUGAAGACAAAACUGAUGACUUCUGGUGCCAUAUGUACAGUCCACUCAUUCAUCACAUUGGUUGGUCUCGAAGUAUAGGACAUAGAUUCAAAAGAUCUGAUAUUACAAAGAAACAGGAUGCACAUUUUGAUGCACCCGCACACUUAUUUAUGAAGGUAAAAGAGGUUGACACAGCUGGAGAAUGGUUUAAAGAAGGAAUGAAAUUGGAAGCUAUAGACCCCUUAAACCUUUCAGCAAUAUGUGUGGCAACUAUUAGAAAGGUUUUAGCAGAUGGCUAUCUUAUGAUUGGGAUUGAUGGCUCAGAAGCAGCAGAUGGGUCUGAUUGGUUUUGUUACCAUGCCACUUCCCCUUCUAUUUUCCCUGUUGGUUUCUGUGAAAUUAACAUGAUUGAACUAACUCCACCCAGAGGGUAUGCAAAACUCCCUUUCAAAUGGUUUGACUACCUCAGGGAAACUGACUCAAUAGCAGCACCUGUAAAGCUCUUCAAUAAGGAAGUUCCAAACCAUGGGUUUCAUGUUGGAAUGAAACUGGAGGCUGUUGAUCUGAUGGAACCUCGCCUGGUAUGUGUGGCCACAGUAACUCGCAUUAUCCAUCGUCUGUUGAGGAUACACUUUGAUGGGUGGGAAGAUGAAUAUGAUCAGUGGGUGGAUUGCGAGUCCCCAGACCUCUAUCCAGUGGGAUGGUGUCAGCUAACUGGAUAUCAACUACAGCCUCCAGCACCACAGUCAUCAAGAGAUAACCAGUCAAGUUCAUCAAAACAGAAGAAAAAAUCAAAAUCGCAACAGUACAAAGGACAUAAGAAAAAGAGGAAGAUACCAGUUGGGAAGAAACCUGUCAGUUUGUCCAGCCUACCCAUGGCAGGUGGGGUGCGGAGGAGCUUCUCUGGUGAUGACGAGUUGACUCCUCCUCCAUAUCGAACCCUUCCAGCACAGACAGCCCCGGAGGCCUUCCAGCCUCCCAGGACUAGCCAAGAUUUCAGUCCCAGCCUCAAAACAGUGUCUUCAUUGCAGCUGAAGGAGGAGUUGCUAGACGGAGAAGAAUAUAGCUUCCUUCAAGGAGCAUCUGAUCAGGAAAGCAACGGAUCUGCCAGUUACUACAUUAAACAAGAACCAUAAAGCAGCUCAGAAAAGUGAGGGGCAGAUUAUUGGUGAUAGGAAAAGAGCCUUUCUCCAAGACUGACUGAUCUUGUUCCCACUUUGAUGGUGCAGUUUGGAUGACUGUACCUGGGGCACUUUGCUAACUGUAGAAGAGUUAGACUCAGUUCAGAAUUUUUUGGAAGGGCGGGGAAACUAUUUUAGUGAAAGAAGAUUUUUCAAUUUAUUAAAAACAAGAAUGGACACUUUUGUGUUGUAUUUGAAGCUUUUGAAAGAAUUUUGUAAUAUUUUCAAGUUCAGAUUUAUUGUGCAUUGUUAACAAGAACUGAAAAUCUAAUUUUUUUGGUAAGAUUAAAGUUUAAUUAGCACGAUUGUGGGAAGCGGUUGGAGGAAGAUAUAGUUGCAAGUACAGAUGAACUGUCAUGACAAAUGAACCUUUUUGGUACAAGUUGGGAGACUUACAGACUCUUGCGAACUGCACUGGUCACGCCUCUGUUUUCUUAUGGUGAAAAUAAGGCAUUUAAGCUCUGAUUUAGAGGCAUAAAUUGUAUGUGGAAGAUAGUUCUGUAAAGCUCUACUCAGUGAGUAGCCCCAGUUGCAAUGGAGCCAUCACAUGAGGGAGGUUUUUAACUUUUCAAGAUGUUUUUAUUUAGUUUUAAAUGCUUUUUUUUAUAUAAGACGUUUUGUAAUUUUAAAAAGUUCCUUAGGGUCUGAAUCAGUGCCCAUUAAUAUCAGUAGCCUUGUCUUCAGUGACUGCAGUGGGCAUUGGAUUGGGACUAUAAAGCUCUUGUCUGUACGUGGAUGUGUGUAGUCUUGGAAUGCUCCAGCAACUGUUUACAGAGCCCUAUGCCAAACUGGAACUUCAGAAAAUUCCCACAUUUGGAAGAUUAAGUUUAGCUCUGAAUUUAGGCUAAAGAAACUUACUUAGUAACUCAGGCCUUCCCUUGGGAGUGGGAAGGAACUUCGGAGUAUUCUUCUGAUUAUUUUUUUUUCCAUUCAGAAAGACCUAGAUGUUUCCUUGCCAUCUUAAAUAUUUAUUUCUGAACAUUCAAAACUGAUAUUCCAUGUGAUUUCAGUUGAGCUAAAAUGAGCCAAGCAUUGCAAAUUAAGAAAAGAAAAAGUUCACAGCCUGCACAGCCUACAGAGUUCCUUUCUUGCUGCAGUAGUAUAAUAUGGAAGUUGAGAUUUGGAAAGUAUAUAAAUCAUAUACAACCUAGCAUAUAAUUCACAAACUGGAUUUGCUUAUUGCCUGGAAUCUUUGUGUCGAGUAUCCCAUUAACCCCACCUGUUUAACUGUCCAGUGGUUUUAAAGGCAAAAGUCACGCAGAAGGGUGAAAAUGGCUAAUAGUAAAAUACAAAGUACUUUUGCAUGAACUCUGAAUUAUUUGGAUUUUAUUUCCAUAUUUUUAAACUUUGUAUGUUUAUUUAGAUGGCUUCAUUUAUGGAGUUGAUUAGUGAAGUUAUUUAUCAGCCCUGCAGAGCUGUGACUGGAAAAAUGUGCAUCAAGAGCUUUAGCUUUUACCAGUAAGGUUCAUUAACUAAACUCUCAGGAAUUAAUUGCAUAUGUUCUAUAAGUGCUUCUGGGUCUUCGUAGGUCCCCUUCAGAGCAGUACAAUGAUCAUCUGACUCUUGACUAUAAGUUAGGGCUUAAAAAAAAAAAAAAAAAGUAAUUUUUUUGUUCCUACAGCCUAAGAAAUGCUUUAAGGAUAUCAACCCACAUAGCCCCAGGAGACCAUUUUUUUUUGUAUAUUGUUGUUUGAAUUAAAAAAAAAAAAAGUGCAUAGAAAGUUGAAAACCAGCAAUUUGAUUAUUUUCUAAAAUAUUGCUCUAACUUUGGGUACAUAGUAUUGGUAAUAUGCACAGGUUUACCUCAUUCUAUGCAAGAGGGGUUAAUUAUGUAAAGUUUUGUAUUUACUACUGGAA